AAACGUCGCUUCAGACGCCCCGGGGCCGGCAGAAAUGGCGGCGGCCGCGUUACCUCAGCUCCGCCCAGGGGCGGUGCUCGGCCCUUUUGGCGCCAAGCUGCGACUGCUGCUCCCGCCCAGCCGCUGCGCUCCGCUCCACGCCGCCCGGCCAUGGCCUCCCCCGCUGUACCCGGCUACUCUCCCGGCUUCAAGAAGCCGCCGGCGAUGCUGCGGCUGAAACGCAAACGGCUGCGGAGGUGCGAGCCCGCCGCUCCCGCGAACCCCCGCUGCGGCGCGGCCCCGCGGGCCCCCUCCGCGCCAGCCCGCCGCAACCCUUUCUCCAGCCUGGACAACGCGCCGCGGGCCGGCGGCGCCCCUCAGACGGUGGAGCGGGCCCGGCCGCCGCCGCCGCCUGGAGGAGACCCCUUGGUAGCACCAUUCUGGCAGCUUUUAGAGCCCGUGGGUGAAGUUGAGCCCCCCAGGAGAGCAGAGCCCUCGGAAACAAUGGACAUCCUCGCCCUAACCCGUGACCUUCAUUUACCUGUUGCUGUACCUGAAAUUCCCUCUGCACCAAGACAUGAAUUUCCUGCAGACUGGAGUAUUAAAACACGACUUCUAUUUGUGUCUUCCCACCCUUUUACAUGGGCAGAACAUUUAAAAGCACAAGAGGAGGCUCAAGGAUUUGCUCAGCAUUGUAGAGCUACAGAAAUAAACUUACCACAGAGUGUGCAGGAACCAAAACUGUCAACAGAACUGCGUUGUGCCUUCCAGCAAAGCCUCGUUUACUGGCUUCACCCUUCACUGCCAUGGCUGCAGCUGUUCCCUCGGAUUGGAGCAGAUAGAAAAAUAGUUGGAAAGGCUAGUCCUUGGUCACAGGAUGAAACCUUGCAACAAGUGCUGAUGAGUGACUGGUCUGUCAGCUUUACUUCUCUGUACAAUCUGCUCAAAGCCAAACUGUGUCCCUACUUCUAUGUAUGUACCUACCAGUUCACUGUCCUGUUCCGUGCAGCCGGUCUUGCAGGAAGUGAUGUUAUCACAGCUGUAAUUUCUCCCACAACUAGAGGUUUAAGAGAAGCCAUGAGAAAUGAAGGCAUUGAGUUUUCUUUACCUUUGGUAGAAGAACAUAGAACCAGGAAACAGAAAAACUCUGAAGUGAACUUGGAAACAGAAGUUGCCAACAGCCUUGAAGUGGGUAACAGCAUGGAAGAUGGAGAACAACCAGCUCCAAGUGAUGAUGAUGAUGAUGAAAGUUUCUCUUGGCUUGAGGAGAUGGGAGUCCAAGACAAGGUUAAAAAACCAGAUGCUAUUUCCAUUAAGCUGCAUAAGGAGAAGCACGAGGUGCAGAUGGAUCACAAACCCGAAUCCCUUGCAUUAGUCAAAGGAACAAACACAUUCACCUUGCUGAACUUCUUGAUAAACUGUAAGAGCCUCGUGGCUGUUGCGGGUCCACAAACAGGGCUUCCACCAACUUUGCUGUCCCCUGUCGCUUUCCGAGGUGGUACAAUGCAAACACUCAAAGCUAGAAGUAUAAAUGCCAAAGCCAGAGUUCACUUGGUGUACGAGGACCGGUUCAGUUUGGAGGUUGUAGGCCCUGUCAUGCCUCAUUCCCUGCAUGCAUUGACCAUGCUGCUUGGGUCCGCACAGAGGGGAGCGUUCUCAGCUGUGCUAUACACACACGAGCCAACUGCGGUGUUUAACACAAAUCUUGACAGCGCAAGCCCCGCCUUAAAUAAGGAAACCGCAUACAAAGAUCUUCCUAUGUAUGGACUGCAUCCUAAGACUUUGGAGCAACUGAGGCAGUGUCCAACACUAGGGAAGUCUUCCAUCCGGUCUUUGGAAAUGAAGGAUUAUGCUUACACCUGGAAGUCCUAGGUAUGCUCGUUCCAUUUAAUGGAAAACACUACUCUCUAGUGUGCAGGCGCUGUACUACAGGGGCAGCACCUACGCGGUACUGGGGGGAUUGCACAUCACAGACAACAACUAUUGCAUGCCACCUGUCAAAAAACACUUCAAACGACUUUUGGAGGAAAAGGCCUUGGAAAUCUCCUUUUGUAUUUUAGAAAGCCUUUUUCAAAUAAAACUUGAUAAAACACAA